UGUUUUGUAGGACUGAAGAGCAAUUUUGUGGUUGAAAAUGAAAAUGUCUUUUCCCCAAUUGUAAUCAGCUCCUUUGACCUGGCAGAAACGAACCCUCUGUGUUUCAGACCUUGAAAUCUUCUGCCCCAAAACAAAUUUCUGCUUAAAACGACAUACUCUGGAAAUUUUAGUGCAUCUCAACUUUUGGCCUACAUUUUUCCACUUGAUCUUACCUUGCUUUCAUGCAUAUGUAACUUCCUGCUAGACUAUCUUAAAUUCUCUUUUAUCCCAGGGUUUCCCAAGAGGAAAUGUACUAUCUGAGGAUGUGACUUCCGGGCAUUUCAGGAUGCAGAGAAAGAGGAAUCCCAACAACUGUGGAGAAGCUGAGCCCCAAACACAGAUGGAGAAGUGGAUCUGUGCAGCACAGAGUGGAUUAUGGAAGCUGUGGAGGAGAGUGGUUCAAACCUACCUGCACCAAAGAGAGUCAGAGAAACCAGGCAGCCCUCACAAGGAGAGACUGUGAAAUUCAUUUUGAGAAGACUCAGAGGAAACAUGUACCAGAAACAAGCAGCAGCGUCCCAUAUCAGAUCUUGUCCACCAAAAGGCAUAAGGACUCUUUGGAGGAUUGACUGAUUCCUGCUCGCUACAACUAGAAAGCCUCCUUCUAACUUCUGAAUCCUUGUGGUGCUUCAUGCUAAUUCAGUGGAGACAAUGAUGGCCUGCAUUAUGCCACAGGCCACCAGGGUUAUCUCUGUCAACACCAAUGAUUUUAGAGAGAAUGACAGAUGUAGAAGACAUGAAAGACAAGUAGUGAACGCGUACCAAUCAAGACAAACAUCACUCCUACCUUCUCAUGUGGACUACUUUAUACCAGAGUGAAGAUACUCCAAUCCAUGUAUAUUUUAUGGAGAGAGUUUCCAUCAUGGAGAUACUAACACAAGACAAGAGGAAAAAGGAAGAAAAACAAAGGAUCCAUCACAAAAAUUCAGGUAUUAUCAAGUAUGGACGCUUACACAGAAGGAAGUGGAUAAAUAAGGAGGAAAGACAAGGAACCACAAAACUCAUGCUGGACAAUGGAAAGAAGGGGAAAAAAAAACCUGAUAACAAAGAUCUGGAUCCAAGGAGCUACAAAUAACAGUAUUUAACUUUACCUGAGCCCUCUGCUCCCACCCUUUGUAUUCGAAGAAAUGGCUAGUCACAAAGCACCUCCCUGCCCUCACAUAUUUCAAGAUAACUCAUCUCCACCCUUCCUCAAAUGACUCAGAAAAGAUUCCACGGAAAACAAGAUUGUACAGAGUGAGAACUAAGGCUAAAGCUUCCAAAGUGUCACAGAUAUCGCUAGCUGGAAGGGCGCAGCCCCUCGCCAGGCGCUCACUCAGCAGUGGGGGAACCUGGAGAGUAGCCCCGAGGAGGAGCCUCCCUCCUGCCCCCGGUUACCGCUGCCCCCACCUGGGGGGGAGAGGCGGGCGCCGUGCUGCCCUCCCUCAGCGCCCCGGCCGCGUGGCUUGCGGCUUAUUUUCCCAGCUGGCAAGCGUCGCGCUGCAGACAAGGGAAUGCCUGUGACCUAGAACCACAUUUGAUUCUUCUCUCUUGGAAUCGGCUAGAUCCUAGCUAACACCAUCUCCACGCCGCUGAUCAGCGCUUCCUGCACCCGCAGCGAACUGGGCUGGCGCUCCAAAGAGGGUCAGCGCCCACGACCCGGGGACAGCUGGCUAUUGAAGUUCCUCCUGGGUACUCUUACCCGUUCCUUGAGGACAAGGGGAGCUGAGGAUUGAUUUGAUACUAGGGGCAUAGUGGGAACUUGUUUUGGCUGCUUCUGCCAUGAAGUCUGUUCAAGGGUGUUGGGUCUACCCGGUACUACAAACCGGGAUCCAGGUCCUGCGUGUUCCGGAGCUCAGGGACCCCUUGAUCCCGCCAAGCUCCCUCCAGGAGCGGAAGGGUUAAGAAUGAUGAGGAAGAAGAGGAAGCGAGGCGCGUCCCCCGGCCCAUGCCGCAGCCACGGCCCCGGACCUGCCACGGUGCCCGCGCCGCCGCCCUUGCCGGAGCCCACGAGACCUGCAUGGACGGGCAUGGGCUUGAGAGCAGCAUCUUCCUGCGCCGCCGCCGCCGCCACCUCCUCCGCUACCGCCGGGGCUGAGCAGCGCCGCCGCCCCUGGCUCUGCCCGCCACCCCUGGCGCUGCUGUUGCUGCUGCUACUCAGCCUUGGGCUGCUCCACGCAGGUGACUGCCAACAGCCGGCCCAAUGUCGAAUCCAGAAAUGUACCACAGACUUUGUGUCCCUGACUUCACACCUGAACUCUGCCAUUGAUGGCUUUGACUCUGAGUUCUGCAAGGCUCUGCGUGCCUAUGCUGGCUGCACCCAGCGAACUUCAAAAGCCUGCCGUGGUAACCUAGUCUACCAUUCUGCCGUGUUGGGUAUCAGUGACCUCAUGAGCCAGAGGAACUGUUCCAAGGACGGACCUACAUCCUCUACCAACCCUGAAGUGACCCAUGACCCUUGUAACUAUCACAGCCAUGCAGGAGCCAGAGAACACAGGGUUGGGGACCAGAACCUUCCCAGUUACCUUUUUUGUGGCUUGUUCGGAGAUCCUCACCUUAGAACUUUCAAGGAUCACUUCCAGACAUGCAAAGUGGAAGGGGCCUGGCCACUCAUAGAUAAUAAUUAUCUUUCGGUUCAAGUGACGAAUGUGCCGGUGGUCCCCGGAUCCAGUGCUACUGCUACAAAUAAGAUCACGAUUAUCUUCAAAGCCCACCCUGAGUGCACCGAUCAGAAGGUGUACCAAGCUGUGACAGAUGACCUGCCAGCCGCCUUUGUGGACGGCAGCACCAGUGGUGGGGACGGCGACGCCAAGAGCCUGCGCAUCGUGGAGAGGGAGAGCGGCCGCUACGUGGAGAUGCAUGCCCGCUACAUAGGGACCACGGUGUUCGUGCGGCAGCUGGGUCGCUACUUGACCCUGGCCAUCCGCAUGCCCGAAGACCUGGCCAUGUCCUACGAGGAGAGCCAGGACCUGCAGCUGUGCGUGAACGGCUGCCCCCUGAGCGAGCGCAUCGACGACGGGCAGGGCCAGGUGUCCGCCAUCCUGGGACACAGCCCGCCCCGUUCCUCCCCGGCCCCGGCCUGGCCGGGCUACACACUGGAGAGCGCCAACGCGCAGUGCCACGAGAAGAUGCCGGUGAAGGACAUCUACUUCCAGUCCUGUGUCUUUGACCUGCUCACCACCGGCGACGCCAACUUCACCGCCGCAGCCCACAGUGCCUUGGAGGACGUGGAGGCGUUGCACCCCAGGAAGGAGCGCUGGCACAUUUUCCCCAGCAGCGGCCGGGGUGCCCCCCGCGGCGGCAGCUGUGUGUCUGUCAGUCUAGGACUCGCCUGCUUGAUCCUUAUUGUGUCUUUGUAGGGGUUGUCUUCUGUUUUUUUCUUUUUUAUUUUAAUUUUUUUUUUGUCUGUAACAAAAUUUUAGAAUAUAUAUUGUCAUAAUAUAUUGAGUAAAAGAGUAUAUAUGUAUAUACCAUGUAUAUGGCAGGAUGUUUGUCCUGGGACACCCACCUGAUUGUACAUAUUGUGUUUGACUGUUCUCACGUAUGUUGGAUGUAGUGUUCUUUGAUUGUAUCGAUUUUGUUUUGCAGUUUUGUGAAAUGUUUUAUAAUGUCCCUGCCUGGGACCUGUUAGAAAGCACUUUAUUUUUUAUAUAUUAAAUAUUUAUGUGUGUACCUGGUUAGUAUGUAUACAGUACCUAUGCACAGACAUCAUAUGCAGCGUUCCCUCCGAAGAUGACCAGCGACGUUGUCUGUGGCUCUUCUUGGCUGCGCCCUCCUGUCCUUUCCUGCUGCUGCUCAUCACCACACGUGCGGCUCUCACCUGCUGCCUCCAGGUGCAGCCGCCUCGUUCCUUUGAGCUAGGUCCUCACCCCAUUCUUCUGCCCCAGCUUGAUUUGGAAGGACAGUUAACCCCUCUUCGGGUGAUUUUGGCGCUGUUAAACACUGAUCUCUAGGAAGCCCUCUCCCUCUUUAACAGCUGUCACUUUCUCAGAGGGUGGGGAGAAUAUUAAUACAGUUCUUAGUAACUAGGAAUGAUUGUUAUAGCUCAGCACUUAAAGAGUAUGGUAGGUUGAACCAUAUGAAACUGCUGUUUUUAUAGGUCAAAAGGGGCUGGCAAUGGCAAUUUCAUAGAUAAAUACCAGGCAUUGCUAGACCCCAGUAGCUCCCGGACUUUGUCAUCCCUUACCCCUGUUUAAACUGUAGCUUUUCCUCUCUUUUAACUCUAUUCUGCCUUGAACAAACUAACUGCAAAAACAUAAGUUUAGUAAUCAGGCCUUGUCUUUACCUCUGUAAUUUGUUCAAGCCCACGUUCUUAGCCUUCACUUCCAUGGUUGCUUGGGCCCAGAAACACCUUAGGAGCCCAGGGACUGGGGUUUGUUAGGUUCUUUCUUUAAUAUCAAGGCCGAGAUCCUAUCACCAAGUUUUCCACCCUUCUUUGCCCUUUACACCGUGGUCUUACAGUUUUUGUUGAAUCUGUGUGCAUGAUGAAAUGGACCAGGGCAUUCAAGACAGAAGAGCUUCCUUGGCCUGGCUCUGUACGCAGCUAACUCUGGGUGCAGGUUAGUCCAGACAUUCUCGGGCAGCGUUGCACCCCAGGUGGCCUCUCUGUGUAAUCAGUUACUCUCCCUCUUAACGUCUGUAGGUGAAUAUUAUUUAGUCAGUUGCUCACAUAACUUGGUGAAAUCGCUGUAAAGUAAACUUAUCUCUUUGCUUCUUUCAUUGCAUUGUUGGCAUCUCUUGCAAAAGGAAAGCACCACCAGCAAAAGGCAAGCACAGUGAGAUGGUGAACUGCAGGAUGGGUAGGUUUACAUUGUUAGAUCUAAAAUGUAAAUGUUUGGUUCCAAGAAGAAGUGAUAGAAUGUGUCCUUUACCUUAAUCAUUUACAUAAAUGCAAGCAAAAAUUAAUGAACUUUCAAUACUUAGCAAUUUGGGUCAAGACUGUGCUUGGUUUUAGUUGGCCAGAUAGUGUCUUCCCUUCCCUUGUCCUGUUGAUAUGGCACUGCCAGAGGCCCAGACUGGCAGGAAAGGAGGGUGUCAUUCUGUGAAGUUCUGUUUCUCUGUGAGCUGACCUAUCAUUCAGUCACAGGAUGGAGCUGUGGAUUCAUCCAGAGGCGGCAAACCUCUCAACCUUCUUCUGGUACAUGAGAGAGUAGUCUUGACCUGUUUGGGAAAAUUGUGAAGGUGUCCUGCUUCUUACUAAGGGUGCAGUGCCAGAGAGUUGAAACCUAAACCUGUUACUGUUUUAUAGAGGCCGGACUGGGGGGGCCUACCUUCCAUCAGCUCUGAACUAUGACUGCUUUUGUUCACCUACAGAACCAUGUGCCAGGUUCAGAAGCUAUAGUUAGCUGGUGAUUUUGUUAUGUAAUUGAGUAGAAUGAAGAAGGAAAAGUAUUUAGGGUACUUCUAACCACUAUUUUUGUGCAAAUAGUCUAAAAGUGAAGUAAAAAUAAUAGUAGACAUUUCUACAGUAUCUGGGUUUAGAGUGUAUAUGAUUAAUAUACCUUUGUCCUUGUCAGAGAAAGCAAAACAACCACCUCUAUUCACAGCUGAGAAAAGGAAAUUGGGUGGUUUUGCCAUAUCAUUUUCCUGGAAAGGAUGCUUACAAGCGUCCUCUCCAUCACUAAGGUUAGUACCAGUGAGUUUAGCUAUUCCCCCUGUAUAAUCAGUGUCCCUGUAUGAUGCAGUCAUGCCCGCAGAUAACUGUAUCAGAAAUACUGGUAUUUCUCUUGAGAAGGGCCUGGUUUAUCGUCUCUUGUUUCUUUUCUAGAAUGUCUAAAGAAAAUGCUACUUGGACAUUGGUUUUCGAAAUCCUCCUUAACCAGAAGAGUUUCGGGUCAUACCAACACGUAGGUAGGCUGUAGUUGUUCAGAGGUCUUCUGGGGGAGCUUAAAACUUGUGGGAAAACACUGGUUUUCACAGAUGCUCCACAUGGCUGUCUUUAAAAGACUCAGAACAUUUUUUUGUCCUUUCCUUCUCUUUGUUAUGCUUGGAAACCCCCGCAGUGUGUCGAGUCUUUGCAAAGAAACCUUUAGAUGUGGUUCAUAGGUAUAUGAAUAAGUAUCUGUGUAAAACAGUGAGUGUGCAGUGUGUAAAUACUUUAAAUUAUUAUGCUAGAAAAAUAAAGUUACAUACCAUGCUGUGGAA